GCGGCACCAUGGCCCCCGCUCGCCUGCUCGCGCUGCUGCUGCUCCUCGUGGGCGCCCCGGCCGCCGCCGCGGAGUCGAUCCGAGAGACUGAGGUCAUCGACCCCCAAGACCUAGAAGGCAGAUACUUUUCCGGACCCCUACCGGACGACGAGGAUGUGGGGGAGCCUGGGGAGGAACUCGAUGACUUUGAGCUGUCUGGCUCUGGAGAUCUGGGUAUGGAAGAUGACUCAGAGGACCCCAAGGUCUUCCCUGAAGUAAUACAACACUUGGUGCCCUUAGAUAACCACAUUCCUGAGAGGGCGGGGCCUGGGAGCCAGGCCCCCACCGAACCCAAGGAGCUGGAAGAGAAUGAAGUCAUCCCCAGGAAGCUGCCACCGCCCCCUGAAGGGAGCGAGGACAUGUCCAACAGAGUGUCCAUGUCCAGCACUGCCCAGAGCAGCAACAUCUUUGAGAGAACAGAGGUCCUGGCAGCUCUGAUCGUGGGCGGCACCGUGGGCGUCCUCUUUGCCGUGCUGCUGGUCCUGCUGCUCAUGUACCGCAUGAAGAAGAAAGACGAGGGCAGCUACGACCUGGGCAAGAAGCCCAUCUACAGAAAGGCCCCCGCCAACGAGUUCUACGCCUGAGGCUCCCUCACCGCACUGCCGACCGGCUUGGACUGGGGACUUUGGAGGGGGGACUUUAGGGGGGGAGGGGCGGCCCAGUACUGACCUGUCAGCAUCUUCAGCUCUGAUUCGUGGUAAGGGACAGGAGAGGCAUCAUCUCCUGUUCCUGCUCCUCUCCGGAUCCUCUGGGCUCACGGUCCCAGCAGAAAAAUGAGGCUAAACUUGGCCUUUCCGAAGGCAAGUCUAGGAUCGCGUGACUUCUUCAUCUUCCAGCUUAGAACCUAGGCCCUGCUUAGAGCCUGUACUUACCGUGCUUCGUCCAGAACCCCUCAGAAGCUGUGGCGGGCGUCCUGCUGGGGGUCUGUCUCCAGCGCCUUCCUCCCUGCCCCCUCCCUUUCACAGCCCGUCCCUCUGCCAGGAACUGAGAUGUGCCCAUCAAAGGGCACCGUGUCCACACUACAGGAGUCUCUGUGGUAUACCUUGGGCCAUGGGGCUCUUUCAAGUGACUUUUGGAA